UUGGUUGAUUGGCCUCAUUUUGCUUCUAAUCUACUCAUUCAAUUUCGAAAAAGGGAAUUGGAGGAUCCAGAAGGUCGGCUAGCAAAACUUUGUCAAACUUCUACCAUCGCCGACUAUCAGGCUAGGUUUGAAGCUGUCGCUAAUGAGACUGGGGAUAUACCAGACACCUUGAUGGUCAAGUUAUUUGUAUCUGGACUUCGUUUGGAUAUCAAAACUAAUGUGUUGGUUCAUAAACCCAGCACUCUUGAUGAGGCUAUUUCCUUGGCCCAUACCCAUGAGCAGCGCCUUAAUCUAGAAAAAGGGGCGAUGCAACCAGCUUUUGCUAGGACCCAACCUCUACUACCCAACCCUCAGUCUCGAUCUCUAGCACCCUCUAGAAACACGGGUGUUCCCUCUGCUAAGUUUCCUAUCAAACGUUUGUCUCCGGUUGAGAUGCGACAACGUCGGGAAAAAGGAUUGUGUUAUUAUUGUGAUGAGAAAUAUGUGGCUAAUCAUCGGUGCCCAAAUCUGCCUCAAAUCCUUCUACUCGAAGAUGAUUCAGACCCCCUAAGUCCGCCAUUAGACGAUACCACCAUGGAAGAAUUGUUAACUGCGGAGCUCCUAGGCUUGGAAUUGCAAGCUCAAUCUACAAUCUCAUACCAUGCCUUGGCUGGAGGCCAUUCUCCUACUAUUUUACGUUUCAAAGGGCACAUCCAGGGGUCUCCGAUCACUGUUUUGGUUGAUGGGGGAAGUACACAUAAUUUCAUUCAAACUCGAGCUGCUAUGUUCCUAAACCUCACGGUUACACCCAUUACUAAUUUUGCGGUAGUUGUGGGUAAUGGCCAACGUCUCCGGUGUGAAGGGGUGAUUCGAGAUGUACGAUUCUCAGUCCAAGGGACUGACCUCACUAUGGACUUGCAUGUAUUGGACUUCCAUGGGGCAGAUGUGGUGCUUGGAGAGGCUUGGUUGGCCACUCUAGGACCUGUUCUUACUGAUCAUUCCAAAAGUCUUAUGGAAUUCUAUUUGGACAGCAAGCAAGUGCAAUGGGUAGGUGACUCACUGGACGAUCUUCAACAGGAUCAGUUGAAAACACUACGCCGCUAUUCGGCCACCGAUGCAAUUGCUUCAUGUUUUUGCCUUUUCCUGGUGCACGAGGGUACUACAAUUGAGAAGGAUAAAGAUAUACCCCCUGACUUAGGGGCAUUAUUGAAUUCAUAUUCUGGAAUUUUUAACAAACCACAGGGGUUGCCUCCUGUUCGGGCUACGGGUCAUGCCAUUCACAUCACUCCCAAUGCUGGGCCUGUUAAUGUUAAGCCCUAUUGCUAUCCAUAUUUUCAGAAACAAAUUAUGGAGAAAUUAGUUUUAGAUAUGUUAAGGGAUGGAAUUAUCCAACCUAGUACCAGUCCCUUUUCAUCACCCGUGUUAUUAGUUCGCAAGAAAGACGGCUCUUGGCGUUUUUGUGUCGAUUAUCGAGCUCUCAAUGCCAUCACUGUGCGAGAUAGGUUUCCGAUUCCUUCUAUUGAUGAGCUAUUUGAUGAACUGUACGGGGCUCAAUUUUUCUCCAAGUUGGACUUACUAUCCGGCUAUCAUCAGGUCAGAGUUCGUCCUAUUGAUGUUCCGAAGACUGCGUUCAGGACCCAUGACGGCCAUUACGAAUUCUUGGUCAUGCCAUUCGGUUUAACUAAUGCCCCCUCCACCUUUCAAGAUACCAUGAAUGACGUAUUUCGCCCAUAUCUUCUCAAGUUUGUGUUGGUCUUCUUAGAUGAUAUUCUUAUUUAUAGUACGUCGUGGAUACACUUGGAACAUCUAGAAUUGGUUUUCAAAUUGCUCCAACAACAUCAACUGGUGGCUAAAUGCAGUAAAUGCCAAUUUGGGAAGAGAACUAUUGAUUAUUUGGGCCAUGUGAUCUCUCCCGAUGGACUGGCAGUGGAUCCUUCAAAAAUUUCCACUAUUAAACAUCCUUUAUUUGAUUUACUACGAACGGACGCCUUCCUGUGGACAGCUCAAACCCAACAAGCUUUUGAAGAAUUGAAAGUGGAAACUGAUGCUUCCGGUGUUGGUAUUGGCGCUAUUCUUUCACAAAAGGGACAUCCGAUUGCUUACUAUAGUCAGAAGUUAAGCCCUCAAAUGCAAAAGGCUUCCACUUACCAUCGUGAGAUGUAUGCAAUUACUCAAGCCGUGGCAAAAUGGAGGCAGUACUUGUUGGGUCAACGUUUCACCAUUUUCACUGAUCAGCAGUCCCUCAAAAACCUCACUAAUCAGGUAAUUCAAACCCCGGAGCAACAAAAGUGGCUUGGAAAGCUGGUGGGAUAUGAUUUCAUGAUACGUUACUUACCGGGAAGGCAGAACAAGGCCGCUGAUGCCUUGUCCAGACCACCUGAUGCUGGAGUGUUGUUUGCUAUUUCAGAACGCACUUAUGAGUGGCUUGGGGAACUUUUAGAAGCGAAUAAAUGCCAUCCAGAAUUGUUGUCCGUUCAACAGGGGUUGGGGAGCGAACCUGCUGCAUACGCUGACUAUACUUUUCGCAAAGGGCUCCUCUUCUACAAAGGACGUCUGGGGGUCAUGCUGGAGUUGCUCGUACUUUUCAUCGUUUGGCCUCGAAUUUUUAUUGGCCAGCAAUGCGUAAUGAUGUUAAGGUUUACAUUGCUUCGUGCCAGACUUGUCAGCGUUCUAAGGACAUUAAUCGAUUGCCAGCAA